GUGGAUUCCCAGCAGCACGCGGCCCGCGUACGCGUCCACGUGUCCGUACAUCUCGAGCAAGUUCAACUGCGUGCAGAACGGGCGGCCCGACGGUGGUUACCAGCAUCUGAUGUGGCAACCGCGCGAUUGCAACAUGACACUCUUCUCGCCGCUGCACUUCGCGCUCAUGUUUCAAGACAAGACGCUCGCCCUCGUGGGAGACUCGAACGCGGAGUUCCUUUUCCAGUCGCUGCGCUGCCAGCUCAGCACGGGCCUCGAAACCGAGAGCGUGAAUACGACAACGGCGGGAGCGGAGGCAUUCAGAGUGAUAAGCUCCAACACCCUCGUGCUGCUCGUUGA